AAGAGCCCGUCGCAUCGAUUGCAGCGAAUCGAAUACGCAAGUGUAGGAUUUAAUUCCUGGACUGUAUUGUCGGCAUGUUCAGCAGCCAUGAAGUGGCAGUUUUGUUUUUUCGACUGUUGCUGAACCAGCCCGUUCCGAAACCAGCUUCUCGAGAGAGGGAGGUCAACAGCCGCCGCAAAAAUUUAUCACGUCGCGCGCGAUGGCGCCAAUUACCAGAGUCACGAUGAUCAAGCUGAGAGAGGAGGACAUUGACAUGGCGCUCAAGGGCUUUGAGACAUUUGCGAAGACCCAGACCAAGGAGGGAAAACCAUAUAUUCUUUCGAUGGAAGCUGGCCCAGCUCGCGGCUCGGUCAGAGACCAGGGAUACACCUUCGUUACAAAGUCUGUUUUCACGUGUGUGGACGACCAAAAGUUCUACGAAGACAAGUGUCCUGCGCAUCAAGAGUACAAGACCUUUUUGAAGGAGAACACGUCCGGUGUCAGCGGACUUAUCUCAGUAAAUUUUGAACCCAGCUGUAGUUUCUCAAUCUGAGAAAUAUAUCGAUUAGCCCCCAUUAUGGAAGCCAAAACUACAGUGAGGCUUUCCCCAUUAUCUGUCCAACUCGUAGAUAGCCUUGGUGCCCAUACAAAAGACCAAGACUGGAAUUAAGUACGGGUGAAAAAUCAACAAUUCAUAAG